AUGUCAGGAGACCAGCAUGCUGGUUACUCCACUCCAAACAGAGAUGAUGAAGAGCAAGGUGAUGUAGCUGAUGCAAAACCGGACAGAAGUAGCAGAUUCUCACUUUUGGUAAAAAGAAAGAAGAAUGGAGAAGAAGAGCAGCCAAAGUCCACUCUCAGUAAUCAGUACCGAAUUGUUACACCCACGUUCCAGUAUAAUAUGGACUACAAGAAAGUUGGCAAAUGUAUUAUUAUAAACAACAAAAAUUUUGAGGAGAGAACAGGGAUGGGCACACGCAAUGGCACUGAUAAAGACGCUGGAGAUCUAUCUAAGAGUUUUAGAAACUUAGGUUUUGAGGUUUGCACAUACAAUGACCAAAGCCGUGAUGAUAUGGAACAAUUACUGAAGCAAGCUGCUGAGGAGGAUCACAGUGAUGCUGCUUGUUUUGCCUGUAUCCUUCUAAGCCAUGGGGAAGAAGGCCUCAUCUACGGCACAGACGGACCCAUGGCAAUCAAGAAUCUGACUGCACUCUUCAGAGGAGACAAAUGUAAAAGCCUCAUAGGCAAACCCAAAUUAUUUUUCAUUCAGGCAUGCCGAGGCUCUGAAUUUGAUGAAGGGAUACAGACAGACUCUGGACCAGCAAAUGACACUCUGGAAACAGAUGCCAAUCCUAGAUACAAAAUCCCAGUAGAAGCAGAUUUUCUAUUUGCAUAUUCCACAGUGCCAGGUUAUUAUUCCUGGAGGAAUCCUGGAAGAGGCUCCUGGUUUGUGCAGUCUCUAUGCUCUGUACUAAAUGAGCAUGGAAAACAACUUGAGAUCAUGCAGAUCCUCACACGGGUCAACUACGUGGUGGCCACAAAUUUUGAAUCACAGUCUGAUGAUCCACGCUUCAGUGAGAAGAAGCAGAUUCCCUGCGUAGUCUCUAUGCUCACUAAAGAACUUUACUUCUGAAAACAUAUUUUAAUGUGGCCAAUGGCAUGAAAUCAGGGUACACUUUUGGGGGGGGGAGGUUUGAUUAUAAACUGGUUUAACACUCUUUUAUAAUAGAAAUGUAAUUAUACUGGCUUUUCAUAUUGUAUAAGCUGGGAUUUCUGUAGGAUGGGUGAUAUGCAGGAUUUUACCGAAGAAACAAAUGCUGUGGGCCAGCUGUGCAGCUAACAGUAAAUACUGUGUCUUGAUCUCCCUUAGCAUGACAGUCUUGAUUUAUGGAUGCUGAAGAGGUAAAUUUCCAUACCUAUGAGCAACGAAAGCUCCCAAAAUUAUACUUAUCUUCCCUAUUACUUCAUACACUCAAGAGAUGCUGUGAACUUUUCUUUUGUAAUGUUCAAUUGUUAUAUGUUUUUUGAUUAUUUAUCCCCCCACCACUUAAAACUUUCCAUCUAAUUUCAUUCAUAUUUUUGGUUACUGAUUUUUCUUUUUAAUCUUACAUUGCUUUUGGUGCUUCACCACUAUGAAGUGGAAACGUUUCAGUGUUUGCUGCUUCAUAGGCUGAGUAGAAUAAGAGGUGUAAUUUUAGGCAUCAAUGUUAUCAGCUUCUAGGAGGAAGGACAGGGAGAUCACAAAUUGGAUCAAGGUAGGAUUAAAGGAAAUUCUCUUGGUGGUUAGUUUUUGCUGUUCAGUUUUCACAUUCACUAAACACUGGUCUUGCACAUGCUGGUAAUGGAAAAGCAGAGAACCACUCUCUCUAGAGGAUAAAAAUAAGUCCAAACAUGAAGCUAAGAUAAUUGGCAAUGUUCAUUUCUAGUUUCUGAUGGAAAUCAAUGGAGUUGCUUGUUGUUUUGUUUCAUGGAGUUUUUUUAAGCGUAGGAAAUACUUGAUCUCUUUUUCCAUCUUGGGGAAAGAGGGACGGAUUUCAGUGUUCUGAGACUCAGAUACCUGACCAGUAACAGCUAUUUCUUUUGACUAAAUAAUUGUUUUGUGUGUUCUACCUAUUACUAAAAUGGGGGUGGGCAUGGUGUAAUGCUUACUUGGGGAGGGGUGGGACAGAAAGGAAGGGAAGUCUGUCUCUCAAUCUGAAUAAACUAAACAAUCCCAGAAAGCAGAUUGUAAGAUACUGAUGAAAAAAAGCAAUCAUGAGACUCCAUCUUUUCUUUCACUUAAUUACUGGUUCAUGGAACAGUGACUUCCUUGGAGAUUUCCUAAGAGCAUCAUGUUAUGGGAAUGUCCAGUGCCAAACUGAAUUUGUAGCUUGAAUUUAUUUCUUAGUCUAAUAUGUUUGCUUUCCUUUUAUGAGCAUUAUUAAUGGCGACAAUUUGAUUGCUGCUCUGUGCUUAAUUUGAAAGUCACUUUACUUAGUUACAAUUCUAGCAUAAGGUCAAUAAGUAAAGAAUCAAUAUUUGUAGAUGGUUUAGCUGAAUAGCGUAUAAAUGUAACAAAUAGAAAAAUCAAAAUGAAAAUCUUUAUAAAACUGGACAAACUGUAACUGGAGGAAUCCUUAUUAAAAUGCUAUAAUAAAGAAUUUUUCCUUGUAAAUGACAGCUAAAUGAUAAAACAGCCUGAAACUCUGGUAUUACGGUUUUUCUUUUUGCAAAAAAAAAAAAAAAAUCUGCUUGGUGAUUCAGAAAUUCUGAACCAACAGAGAGUUAAUGGUUAGGUUUUGUUCUAAAACUUUAAAUUUUCAUGUUGAAUUGCUAGAAUUGUGUGUCUCAGUAAUAAUUGUAUGUUUAGAUUUAAUUUCUGUUCAUUGAGGAAUUUGCCAAGACUGGAAGUACUUACUUGAAUAGAAACCAGAAGUGCCUUUCUAGCUAUGUAUUGUCUUGAUUUUGUAUUUUGGAGUAAUGUUAGUGAUACUACAUUCCUACUUUUUAUAUUAUCUUUACAGUUGGUUGCUAGCUCAAAAAAAUAAAGUUAAUGAUUUGGUUAAACUGAUAAGUGAGUAGAUAGUCACCUUUUUUCCAAUUAUUGUACGCUAUACUUUUAUGAAAUUCGCUAAGAGAAUAGGUACAUAGUAAUUAGUGCCAAGUUACCAAAUUUUUUAGUUUAUUUUCCAACUAGUACUGUGAUAUAGUGAAGCAUAUUUUUUUCAGAAGUCAAAUUUACAACUGUAUGAAUUGAAUAAAUGACUGUUUU